AUGGGGGCCUCGGUGUCUCGCGCAAUCAGGAAUUUCAACCUAGAGAGCCAGGCGGAACUGGAAAUCAGCAAGAUGAAGCCCUCUCCGGCUCCCAGGCACCGCUCCACCAAGAGCCUCCUGCGAGAGCAGAUAAGCUGCCAUCCAGAAAUUAAGGAAGAAAUUGCUAGAAAAGAUGACAAACUGCUGUCUUUACUAAAAGAUGUGUAUGUUGAUUCCAAAGAUCCGGUGUCUUCUCUGCAGGUAAAAGAUGGUGGAACACGUCAAGAGCCAAAGGAGUUCAGAUUGGCAAAAGGCCGUGACUUUAACAUGAUGAGUAUCAAGAACAUUCCCAAAGGCAAAAUUUCCAUUGUAGAGGCAUUGACACUUCUCAAUAAUCAUAAACUUUAUCCAGAAACAUGGACUGCUGAGAAAAUAGCAGAAGAAUACUAUCUAGAACAGAAAGAUGUAAAAUCCCUUCUCAAAUAUUUUGUUACUUUUGAAGUCAGAAUCUUCCCUCCUGAAGACAAGAAAGUGUUACCAUCAAAAUGA